GUCGCGUCGCCUGACAGUGACAGGUGACAGCCGCCUCCCUUGCCCGCCGCUGCAGAACCCAUCUGGUCCAUUUGCUCGGCUGCUGCACACGCGGCCGAGAACGAAGCCGAUCGGGAGAGCCUCCUGCCUCCACUCACACCUGCUCUCUCUGCUCCUCAUCCCUCUUGCCUUCCUCUCAGCGCGAGUCUGUCAGUCUGACCCGCUCCCAAGGCGUACCGCAACAACCGAGGCCAGCGAGACGACGCCCAGCCCGCAGCAAUGGCGAAGGGGAGCGGCGUGGAGGAAGCGCUCCUCGCCGCGGGCCAGCCCGACGAGCUGAGCGCGCGCGAGGAGGUGACGAAGCAGCUGCGCCUGGCGGGGCCCAUGGUCGUCGGCGCGCUGCUGCAGAACGUCAUCCAGAUGAUCUCCGUCAUGUUCGUCGGCCACCUCGGCGAGCUACCCCUCGCCGGCGCCUCCAUGGCCAACUCCUUCGCCACCGUCACCGGCCUCAGCCUGCUGCUUGGAAUGGCUAGUGCCCUGGACACUCUGUGCGGCCAAGCGUUCGGAGCCAGGCAGUACCACCUCCUGGGCAUCUACAAGCAGCGCGCCAUGUUUCUCCUCACCAUCGUUAGCAUCCCGCUCGCCGUCGUCUGGUUCUACACCGGCGAGAUCCUCCUCCUGUUCGGCCAGGACCCGGACAUCGCCGCGGAGGCCGGCGCCUUCGCCCGGUGGAUGAUCCCGGCGCUCUUCGCCUACGGCCUGCUACAGUGCCACGUCCGGUUCCUGCAGACGCAGAACAUCGUGGUGCCCGUGAUGGCCGCCGCCGGCGCCGCCGCGGCGUGCCACCUGGUCGUGUGCUGGGUGCUGGUGUUCGGCCUCGGCAUGGGGAGCAAGGGCGCGGCGCUGAGCAACGCCGUCUCCUACUGGAUCAACGUCGCCGUGCUGGCCGUGUACGUCAGGGUGUCGAGCGCGUGCAGGGAGACGUGGACCGGGUUCUCCAUGGAGGCCUUCCACGACGCGCUCGGCUUCUUCAGGCUUGCGAUCCCAUCUGCUCUCAUGGUCUGCUUGGAGAUGUGGUCGUUCGAGCUCAUCGUGCUCCUGUCAGGCCUUCUUCCCAACCCCAAACUGGAGACGUCCGUGCUGUCGAUCAGCCUCAACACUGCUGCCUUCGUGUGGAUGAUCCCCUUUGGGCUUGGCUCGGCCAUUAGCACUCGCGUCUCCAACGAGCUGGGCGCGGGGCGGCCCCAGGCCGCACGCCUCGCGGUGCGCGUGGUGGUGUUCCUGGCCGUCUCGGAAGGCCUGGCCGUGGGGCUGAUCCUGGUCUGCGUCCGCUACGUCUGGGGCCACGCCUACAGCGACGUCGAGGAGGUGGUGACGUACGUGGCCAAGAUGAUGCUGGUCAUCGCGGUGUCCAACUUCUUCGACGGAAUCCAGUGUGUCCUUUCAGGUGUGGCGAGAGGCUGCGGAUGGCAGAAGAUUGGUGCUUGCAUUAACCUUGGUGCCUACUACAUCGCCGGCAUUCCCUGUGCUUACCUCAUAGCUUUCGUCUUGCGCGUUGGCGGAAUGGGCCUGUGGUUGGGCAUCAUCUGUGGCCUCUUGGUACAACUCCUGCUGCUAAUGGUCGUCACGCUAUGCACCAACUGGGACAAUGAGGUAACGAAGGCGAAGGACAGAGUGUACAGUUCUUCUCCUGCAGAUUUCGAAACAUGAAAAUUUGAUGGUAGUCAAGCAAACAAAUUAGGAAAAUAUACCUUGAGAUAUUCAAUAAAAUUGGAGAUUACACAAAGGAUGCCUUUUUUCUCAUUCAGUGAAAAACCAACACUCUAUGUUACUUAUCAGAUAGGAAAUGAUUGUCUAUUAGUCCAUGUAUAUUUGGAUUCA